AUGGGGCUGGGUUGGUUGGUGUUCCUGCUGUUUACAGUGGGGAGUAAAGCAACGGAGAACAUGCAGGCCCCUGUGUCUCAGAAAUGUAAGGAGGAUACCAACACACUGCUCUGGGAAAACACCCAGGACAGGCCAUAUGCUGUUCAAAUUGGAUGUUUUUCCUUUUUGUUUACAGGUUGUAAUAGAGCGCAGCAGAAUACGCAGGCCUCGACUGUGUCUCAGAAAUGUGCAGAGGAUACCAACACUUUCCUCGGGCAUAUUACCCAGGACAGCCCAAAGGAAUAUGCUGUUCUCAUGUAUGAUGCAUUUGGAAAGAUGGGCAGCAAUGUGAAAGGAGGAAAUGUCAACCAGCCUGGCCUGCUGCAGCAGUGUCGCUCUGCACAUGGACCCACCUUCUCUGGCCAGUACUGCAAGGUGUUCCUUAAACAGGGAACAGUCCAGUACUUUGUGGGUAUUUGUGUUCCUGACUCCUGCGGACAAGAAGAUGUGAAAAUGCUGGUGCUAGACGGGAGACUUCGGUUUGGUCAGACGCCCCUCAUUCCUCCUUUUCCUCGCAUCCUGGUCAAUCACUCCACUCAGGAGAUGCUCAUGACCCACUGUUUGUCCGACACCAUUGCUCCUGGCGCAUCAGAUGCCAUGUGUCUGUUUGUGUGUUUUGUAAUGCUAGCCAUCCCUCUUGCGGCUACCCUGCUAACAGCUAUGAACCUUCUGCAAGGGAAGAAAGAGGUCGCCCCCACAGUGAAGCCUUCCUCCUCUGAAACUAAAAGUAACACUUCGGAGGAAGCGAGCAGCACCACGAACACUUCAUUGAGUUUUCCACAAGGCUUUCUGUACCGAUGCAUUCAGGCGUUCUCCAUACAUAACACCAGCCAGGGAGUCUUGAGCACCUCCUCAUCUGCCCCAGGAGGAGGCUACUCCUCACUGAACGGCAUCCGUGUUCUCAGCGUGUUGUGGAUUAUAAGUGGACACUCUGCCAUGGUGCCUGGUAUAAACAAUAUUGAUAACUACAAACACUGGAGGACAACGGUUGAAAACCACCCUCUGCAUAUACCUAUCUUUAGUGGGCCCUAUUUUCUAUCUGUGGACACCUUUUUAGUGCUAGGGGGUUUGCUCAGUGCGAAGUCUCUGCUGGGUAUCAUUGACAGGGCAAAGGACAAACUGACCCUAAGUUUGGUGGCCAGCUUCCUCUUCAAGAGGAUUAAAAGGAUUCAACCACUGCAUAUAUUUGUUAUGUGUCUAACUGCCGGCCUCAACUCGCUGAUCCAGUGGGGCCCCUACUGGUUCCCAGAAUUUCAUAAACUGUUGGACUGUAAGAGGUACUGGUGGGCUAACAUACUGUUGGUUAGCAAUUUCUUCCCAGUCAGUGAGACGUGUAUUCCUUGGUCAUGGUACCUGUCUCUGGACUUCCAGUGUUAUGCCACCACUCCUCUGUUGAUCUUUUUUUACAGACUAAACAAAAGGGUGUUUGUAGUUGUUGCUGGAGGUCUUCUGCUGUUGAACUCUGUGGCCGGAGCUGUUGUAACUGCACAGCUGCAGCUGCCUGUCUUUGUGCCGCCUAUUAUGGCGUCUGACCUGUAUCAUGUAUAUUACUAUAUAAAACCCUACACAAGGUAUGGCCCGUUUCUAAUAGGGAUCUUGACUGGAAUAUAUCUGAAAACAAAGAAAGGCCCGCUGAUAAAACACAAGUGGCAGGCAGCACUUGGUUGGAUCUUCUCUCUGUCUAUGACGGCUGCGUUGAUUGGAGUGUCUUACAUCCUCAAGGAGACCCCAGCCUCUCCAUCGGUGCCCCAUGCCCUCUUUCAGGGACUGCACAGGCCACUCUGGGCUCUGGUUGUGACCUGGAUCAUACUGGCCUGUGAGGAUGGCUAUGGAGGUGUGAUCAACAGCUUCUUGUCUUUGGGUUUCUGGGUUCCUCUUUCCAACAUUAGCUUUGCCUGCUAUUUGACACAUCCCAUCUUCAUGAUCUUCUAUAUUGGCAUGCAAGAGACUGCAAUCCAUUACACAGAGAUCACCUACCUGUACCUGUUCCUUGGUCACCUGAUGCUCACGAUAGUGUCCAGCUAUUUGUUUACCCUGCUGGUUGAGAAGCCAUUCCUCCUCCUAAAAUGGAGAGGCAAAUAA